AUUAAAAAAUAAUUACAUUUUAAGAAAAAAAUUUGAUUACAAUAUUUUGAUAAAUACAUAAACAGAAAAAAUGAUGACACCACUUGAUGAUUUUGUUUAUUUAAUAAAUCAAGUGUUGUUAGGUGAAGAACCGACAAUUGAAGAUUUUAUAUUACUUGUGGGAACAUUAGUUGCAUUCAUUGCAUUUAUUUUAUGGUGUUGUUGUCCUGCAACACCCAGAGAAAUGCAUUCUCCACCACAAUAUGAAUAUCAACAAUAUACAAGGCAUCAUCACCCAAAACGUAAUAAUAGGUAUCAACAGCAACAUUAUCAUUAAAAAACAAUUUUUUCCAUACAUCUCUGUAAAUAAUUGGGUUGUAAAGUUUUUGUACGUAUUUUAAACUCAAUCUAUUCAUGAUAUUUUUAAAAUUUCUAUAACAAUAUUUUUCUAAAAAAUUUAGCAAUGAAUUUGAAUAUUAGUAAUAGAAAAUUGUGAAGCCGCGUUGCUUAUAAUCUACUCAUUGGGUGUCUUGAGUUAUAGCUGCAUCAAUAACACUGACCAAGUGUAUUUUAAAUUGUUAAAAUCGGUUUAAAUGCGUGAUGUAACAUAAUUUCUAAUGCAGCAAUGAAUCGGAUUUUUGUCGCUUUUAAGAUGAUAUUUUCUUGAAAACUUAACAAAUCAUUUUUGAAAUUCUAUAAGAAAUGCUACUUCAUAUGACGAUAAAAAAAGACAACAUUUGUUCAACAGUGAUAAUUUGCCCACUAAGACAAUACUGUAGAAUAUAUUCAACAUCAAAAUAUUCAAAUCUUUUAAAUUUUAUAAUAAAGGACUCCGUACGAUCCUUAUAAAAAAUACUUCUCGUUCAAACUUCUGAAACUAUUAGUUUUAUAAGUUGAUCUGAAGUCUGUAUAAGUUGAAUUCUUUAAGUUGAUGUCGUCCUAAAUGUUGCCGAAAGAAUGUAUUAUCGCCUAUGUUUGAACUUUGAAUCCCCAUAUCCUAGAAAUAUGAAUUUAUAGAAUUUUGCCUAGUGUAAACCACAGUUUCAGAACGUUUGACCAUUUAUUAGUACCAAUUUUUAUAUUUUGUUACUCUACACUUAAAAUUGGCUUUUUUUAAAUAAAACAUUUUGUUAGAGAAAAAUUUUUUUGUCCUAUAAAAUAAGUUGAAACUUAUUUCUUGCGGUAAAAAUUUUCUGCUACUGAUACCCUCUAAAAUAUUGUCGAUCAGAGUAAAAAACGAAAACCAGCCACUGUACGCUAGAACAAAAUUUGUUCGAUAACGGAGUACCUACAAUUUAUUUUGGUGAUUGAGUAAGUUGAUCUUUGAAUUUGUGUUUUAAGUUUUAUUGUUUAUCAUCGCAUAUUGAGAAACAGCUUUUAAGUAAACAACUUAAUUGUAUUACGUAUUGAAUGGAAUCGGUAUAAAAAAUCAAAAUUACCUCUGUUGAAUGUUUCCUAAAAAAAAUU